CUCUCCUCUUCUUUCAGGUUCGAUUCUGGAUGACUCUCCGAUCGAGCAAGUUCGGUUGACAGUCCCACCAACAGAUGAUAACACAUUGCAGGUCUUGACAUUCCGAACAUGGCUUAUCGGAAUCCCCAUUUGCAUCCUCGGGUCCGUAAGUGCAGCAUUAUCCUUUUACCGACAGCAAAUGUUCUAUUUUUCACAUGUCUGCAUCAACAUGAUGGUGUUCAUUGCUGGGAAACUAAUGGCUAACAUGCUACCGAACAAAGUGAUAAGAAUGCCAUACACAAACUGGAGUUUCUCGUUGAAUCCGGGACCCUUCAACUUGAAAGAACAUGUGGCGACCACCAUGUUGGCCGGCACGGUAAGUGCUUCUGUCGGCUUUGAAAUAUUAACCAUAUCCAAGAUCUUCUACCACAAGGAUAUCCCGUUACUGCCGGCCAUACUGCUGGUACUAUCGAUUCAGUUUCUCGGAUAUGGGUUUGCUGGCAUAUUCAUGAAGUUGCUAGUGCACUCGCCCUAUAUGUGGUGGCCUUCGACUCUAGUAGACGUCGCCUUCUACAGAGCAUUACACGAGCCGGAGAAAAGAGCCAAGGGAAAAUUGUCACGAUAUCAGUUCUUCAUCAUAGUCAUCGUUGCAAUUUUUACCUACAGUAUUGUUCCUGUUUACCUUUUUCCUUCUAUCACGGCUCUAUCGUUCGUUUGUUGGAUAUGGAAAGACUCGAUAACUGCGCAGCAAAUAGGUUCUGGAUUCAAUGGAUUAGGCAUAGGCUCUUUUGCGUUGGAUUGGAUGACCAUGUCAUCCUACAUGGACAGUCCUCUGGCAGUUCCUGCAUUUGUGGUGGUCAACAUGAUGGUCGGAUUCAUUCUUAUUCUUUAUGUUCUAGUACCAUUAUCUUAUUGGAAUAAUGUUUACGAUGCCAAACGCUUUCCUAUUUUUUCAUCAAGUAUUUUUGACAUCGAUGGGCAAUUUUACAAUGUGUCCCGGGUUUUAGAUGAGAAGUCACUCACAUUCAACGAAGAAGCAUAUAACAAUUAUUCGAAAUUAUACUUCAGUGCCUCCCUUAUGUGUAGUUAUGGUUUUACCAUGGCUUGUUUUACGUCAAGCAUCUCUCAUGUUGCUCUCUUCUAUGGGAGGUAGGAACUGUAACUAUUUUUUUCUUGUAAAUAAAUAUUCAUUGUAAUGUUUGUUUUUGGUACAAUUAGUGUGCUAUUGUUUUUAUAGUUGAAAUAAUUACUUUAGUCCUGCAUGUUAUAAUCUUGUUCGUUGGUAGUGAUAACUUUAGAUAGUUCUCUUCUGGUGUUAAGCAGAUCGAUAUGGCUACAAUUUGUCGAUUCAUAUCGGCAUCAAAUGCAAGAUGUUCACACGAGGUUGAUGAAACAAAAUUACGAGUCUAUUCCCCGGUGGUGGUUCUACUCUCUACUCUUCUCCAUGAUGGGUUUUGCCAUCUUGGUAUGUGAAGUAUUUAGCGAUCAACUUCAACUUCGCUACUGGGGAGUUCUAUUAGCUUGUGCCUUGGUGUUCAUAUUUUUGCUUCCAGUGGGUGUCAUGAUGGCUACUACUAGUUCGGUAAGAUGAAUAUUGAGUCAUCGUAUACUCGUAUAUGGUUGUAGCCCAACGUUGUCAACAUUUUUCUUCUAAUCCAGCUUAAUAUAAUAAUUAUAAUUACUAUAUUG